AUGGUCAAGCCACUCUCUUUUAAAGGCGACAAAAAAACCAAAAAGAGGAAACACACCGACUCCAGCGGGGGUGCCAGCCUAGAGCAAGGGGAGAACUCAGAACGCCAAAUCAAAGCACCACGAGCCGACAACGAUGCCAACAUAGGCGCUGACGCCGGGGAUGGUGAGGACGACAGCUGGGUUUCAGCAGAUACCGUGAGCGAUGUCUCCGGGCCCAUUAUGUUUGUCCUGCCCAGCGAGCCGCCGACCGCACUGGCCUGCGACGCCGCCGGCAAGGUCUUUGCAAUACUGAUCGAGAACAUCCUCGACGCCAACCCCGCGAGCGCCGAGCCCCACGAUGUACGACAGGUGUGGGUGGCCAACCGGAUUGUUGGGACCGAGCAUUACCGGUUCAGGGGCCGUUAUGGGAAGUACCUCGCCUGCGACAAAACCGGCCUCCUCACCGCCACCUCCGACGCCAUCACCCCCCUCGAAACCUUCUCCCUCCUCCCCACAGCCGACACACCGGGCACCUUCCAGAUCCAAACCCUCCGCGACACCUUCCUGACCAUCCGCGCCCCGCGCACCGCCAAACCCAACGCGCCGCCCGAAGUCCGCGGCGACGAAGCCGACAUCACCUUCAACACGACCCUGCGCAUCCGCAUGCAGGCCCGCUUCAAGCCGCGGCUGAAGGCGUCCAAGGAGGAGAAGGCGAGGGAGAAGAUUAGUCGACGGGAGUUGGAGGAGGCUGCGGGGAGGAGGCUGGAGGAGGAUGAGGUGAAGUUGUUGAAGAAGGCGAGGAGGGAGGGGAAUUAUCAUGAGGCGUUGUUGGAUAUUCAGGUGAAGGGUAAGCAUGAUAAGUUUGGGUGA